UACUCGCAUAAUCGUGAUAUGUUUCGCUGGAAAAGAUUCACGGAGACUAAAAACCCCACUGCAGAUAAGGUGAGGCACAGUAAUGGGGAUAUUGACCAAUGGCUGAAGACAAUGGAAAUGCCCUCAUACUUUGCAUUGACUGAGGUGUUUUCCCUGAAGAAGGCCCAUUCUGGGAUAAGCAGCCAGACAAUGGCACUAAAAAAUACAGAGCAGCUGCUGGAUCAUGACGAAGCAUACGGGGAAGCUCAGGCUCUUCUUAGUGAUUGUAUGAACAGCAAGUUGGGUCUGGAACUGGAGAUAGAGGAGGAUGUGAUUGUCUCCCCUGAGAAGAACAGUCCAGCAGCCAUGGCACCUGCCCAGCCUGUCUCCCUGGACUACAGUAACUUUGAUGGCCCCUCACUCUCUACUACACAGAAACAACAGGACAGAGAGAGACCAGAGUCACACAGACUACAGCAGGCAGAGGCCAGGACUCCGAUGCUCAACCUGCAGUGUCUACAGAGGCACUUCUCUGGCUGGUACUGUGUGCUGUUGGAGAGGAGGGUGCGGAUGGGCAAGGCAGCGGCGCUCUGUGAUUGGAAGAGGGAGCUGAGGGCGUGGCGAGCCUGGCGGGCGCUGGUAUGGGCAGGGAGAGAGCAGAGGGAGGUGAAGAGAACAGAGGAGGAGCUACAAAUCCAGAACAGACGCUGCCAGGUGGCGAUGGAGAGUGACCGGAGGCGUAUGCUAAGGCGAUGCCUGAGUGAUUGGCGGUUGUGGUGUCGGGCGGAGAGAGGACGCCGGGAGCUGUUUGCACAGCAGGAAGAAACACGGUACAAGAUUGCCUCACUGAUCAAUGCUGUGGCAACUGGGAAACUUAAGGCUCCUGAGACACCUGCUCCUGAGCAAAUUACAGCCCUUCCUGAGACUUUUGACCAAUCAUAGACCACAGAACCGAAAGGUCAGGUGGGGUCACGACCUGCUGGCCCCGCCCCCUCUCCUUCCUGUCAAGGUAACGGACAGCUGGGGGCUGUGGUCCAGCCCACCCUUCCCUGGCAGGUGACACGGCGUCACGCGGCUCCGAGUGGAGGGGAAAUUUCCUCUCCUUCCUGUCAAGGUAACGGACAGCUGGUGGCUGUGGUCCAGCCCACCCUUCCCUGGCAGGUGACACAGCGUCACGCGGCUCCGAGUGGAGGUGAGCAAUCAAAGGAAAAGUUGAAAUACUGUGCUGUCCCCCGUUCUCGUAGUGCAGAGUUGCGUGGAGGACGGAUUGAGCGUCGCCACGCCAGCCAGCAACAGACCAUCACAGUGCAGAGGAGGCUCCUCCGGGAACAGCAGGAGCAGAUCGCACGCCUGCAGGAGAUGGGAUUGAAGCAGGAGGCACAGAUUGCUCAGUUUGCUGUCCCAGCAGCCCAAGGGCCCAGAGGCAUGACCUCUGACCACAAAGAACCCAGCCAUCAACAAUCAGCCAUCAUCUUCGCACGUGAAUACGCUGACAGGCCAGGGGGGGAAAACGUUGUUGACGUGUGGUUGGAUUGGGCCAUUUUCCACGGCAUUGUGUCAAGAAGCAGUGGGGCUUCCCAGCUGAAAGCAGCAGAGGAGGAGGAGGAGCAGAAACAUAGAGCAGCUGAAAGGAGAAGGGAGGAGAAGAGACAAGAGAGAGAGAGGGAGCAGGAGAACCAGAGGAGGUUUGAGCGAGAGCAGCAGCUCCAGACCCAGGCCCAGCAACACUACCAUAGAACUCUGUUACUACGGCGAGGCAUGGCGCCAUGGAAGCGCAGAGUCGCCAUGAGCCAAGCCAACACUCAGCUGGCCAGGGCUCAUCACAGGCAGUCUCUCCUGAAACGGUGCAUCCUGUCCUGGCAGCAAGUAACAGGCGAGUCCCUGGCUCAGAAAUGGGCCUCUGCCAAACAACUGCAUCAACAUAUCCUGCUACGGAGGAGCCUGGGCAACAGGAAAAGGCUGAAGGACCACCGCAUGGUUGUAGAGGGGCGGGCCGACCGGUUCUGGCGCAUGCACACUCUGAGGAGGGCUCUGAUGGCGUUACUAGAUCACGUGACCCAGGAGAGGAUGGUGGAGUGGGACCGGGAGCAGCAGGCUCAGGGACACAGUGAUAGGCGGGCGGUGCGGAGUUGUUUCCAGGCCUGGAGACGGUAUCCAGGGUGGCUGCGUGAGGAGAGAGAGAGGGAAACCAGGAGGGAGAAGCUGAGACGCAGAGUGGCAGAGGUCCUACCUGACUUUCGCUCCUCUCCUCUGAACUGUCAAUGGGUACAAGCCCUGCUGUGACUCACAGAACACACACAGGCAGACAGACGGACUACUUCAAUACACGAUAAUCCAGCAGAUGGGAGCCGAUAAAUGUGUCUUGUUGCUGGUGUAACAAGUACACACACACACAGGCUGUUUGUCAUCCUUAAUGACCAGAGAAAGCUGGAUAUAACUUUAAUGAAGACCGUUUGGAAAACUUUUGUAACACCAAUGACUCGUUUAAAACUGAAGCGUAUGUUCAGGUUAUUGAAUUUGUUUUAUUUUGGGUAUCAUUGAAGUCACAGUUUGAUGUAAUUUGACAGACGCUUGAAGGCAUCAAUAAGGAUUUUUUAAAAGUAUAUCACCAUG